CACAUGGACCACUACUCACGCUCAAUUGUUGAAAGUUUGGUUGGCACGGCAUGGGGUAUACCGUUAUACUCUGUUCCACACCCCACCUGACAUGGCCAAGCAGUACCUGGGUCAGGGGCACGCGGGGGGAGAUCACGUGAUGGAGUCGUUUGAUGGACAUGCGGAAAUCCUGUUGGAAAAUUGGGACAUUCUGGGCCGCCUGCGCGCAGAUCCAUACUAUACAGAGGUAGUGGAGCCAAGCGAGGCCAAACUGAUUGACAAAGCUUCCGUGGUGAGAAGGGUGGGAUAUGAGGAGGUUUGGGUUGCGGAAGGCAAGGCUGUCGAAUAAGAAUGUCUGCUCACUAGCUUAGCCAGAUAUGCACGUAAUGCCGAUCACUAUGGGGGCCGUUUUUAUCACACAAAAUGUGUGACAAGCACGCAUCUGACUACUUUGUAUCUAGCCCGAUUGGAAGUUGCCACUAGUAGUUUAGGCUCGGUAAUGACUUAUUACCACUAAUUUUGAUUGAUCACAGCAAACAAAUCAUGCUUGCGGAGUAUUUUGCUUCUGGCCUGCAAGUCACUUUAUGGUCACAUUCCUGCAAGAGAGCUCGACACAGGCUAGUUUGGAAAAAAAAAAAAAAA